AUGGAAGGUGGCGACUUGUACAGCGGUUUGGCGCUGCCCAAGAAGACCAAGCGCGAGCGAGAAGAGGAAGCAAAGGCCAACAAGAAGGCGGAUGACGCUACAGCAAAAGAAUCUGAGGUGAAGCGCCGUCGGGUGGAGAAGAAGUCGCUGGAUUUGCCAGCCACUGUGUCGAAGCUCGAGGGAUACAUGCUGGUGGAAAAGAAAUUUGCUAAGGCCAGUGCGUUAUUUUGUCAAUUAAUAUCGGAUCAACUGAAUGCUGAGUCCAGCGAGCUCUUCAUGAAGACAUUGACGAAAGUGAUCGAUGAGAAGGGGGAAACAAUAAGUGGCAGAAAAGAGUUUCAGAUUAUGAUUGAAACGCUGGAUGCAAAGCACGACGUGCUCCUGAGUAUUGAAGGCGAUAAACGAAGCGAGCGAGAGCGAAAGCUGAAUGUGUGGAAGUUUCUGGCCAUCACACACGCACAGCUCUUUACGGAUGAAACAUAUCAGUUCAACAAAGCUGCAAAAGUGGUGAAGCUUCGAUUUGAAGAAAUAGUACAGAGCCAAGAGGGUCAUGAUGAAGAGGAGCGAGCGCGACGACUGCAUUCAGAGCUGAUGCCACUGCUACGCACGUUGUACAGAAAACUCAACACUUCGUGGGCCACCACAAUUGUCGAGGGGGUCCUGGCGUUGGGAACUCGCUACCGUCUACUGUUUAACGAGCAGGACCGAGUGGAUAUCGAUUCGUGGACAAAGGGCAUGCAAGAUCGCCGCAGUGUACCUGCUAUUGCUCGGUCCGCCGGUUCCGACGCCCGACGCAACAUCGUUGCAGCGAGCGGGUCUAAAACCUCGGAAGCUGGAGCCAAGAUUCCCGGUAGAUACAACCAUCCACUCUUUAACAAAGAGAUUUAG